CUCCCUCCUUUCUACUUCACAAUGCCCACCUCCACCUCCUCCUCCAUCUUCCUCUCCUUCCUCCUCCUCCUCCUCUUCUUGGCCUCCUGCGCGGCACCCACCGGCUCCUCCGCCCCCAACCGCCGCGCCCUCCACGAGCCCUUCGUCCCCGACGGCUCCUCCCCUCCCUCCUCCUCCCCUCCCGCCUCCUCCCCUCCCUCCACCCCCAAGUACCCUUUCUCCUCCACCACCACCACCAACACAUCCUCCUCCUCCGCCACCGCCCCCGACCAGUCCCCCUUCUUCCCAGCCUACCCUUCCCCUCCCCCUCCCCCCUCCCCAGCCUCCUACGCCUCCUUCCCCGCCAACAUCUCCUCCCUCAUCCUCCCCCGCUCCUCCCAGCCCCGCCCCUCCUCCACCCGCAAGCUCCUCCCCGUCGCCAUCGCCGUCACCCUCUCCGCCCUCCUCGUCCUCUUGGCUGCCGCCCUCCUCGUCCUCCUCCGCCGCCGCCGCCGCCGCCGCCUGAGCCGGGACUUCGCCUCCGACGAUGCCAAGACCCAGGGAUCCGAUGCCGCCAACGGCGGCUUGCCGGGCAAUGCCGAGGCGAGCGCUCGCGCCCGCAAGCAGAGGACGACCUCCGGAGCCAGCUCCGAGUUCCUCUACUUGGGGACCAUGGUGAACUCCCGUGGGAUCGAAGAGCCCCGCGGCAAUGGAGGAGGCGGAGCGGCUGGCCGCGGCGGCGGCGGCGGCGGAGGAGGAGGCCUGGACCCGAGGAAGAUGGACUCGCCGGAGCUCCAGCCACUGCCGCCGCUGGCGCGGCAGAGCUCGGGGCAGAACUACUGGAAUGGCAAUGGAGACGUCCGGCAGCUGCCGCCGCCGGCGCGACAGAGCUUCAGGCAGAACUGCGGGAAUGGGAAUGGGGACGUGAGCUCGACGGCGGGCGAGACGGAGGAGGAGUUCUACUCACCGCGAGGCUCGUUGGGAGGCCGGGAGAGCUCGAUCGGCGCUGGAUCGGGGUCGAGGAGGGCGUUCGCCGCCGUAGGGAUGGAAACCCUCGGCGAUGGCGGUAGGAGGAGCGACUCGAGCUCGUCUUCCUACUCGUCUUCUACCUCGGGCUCUCCUGCUCGGUCGCACUCGAUCAGUCUCUCGCCGCCGGUGAGCUUGAGCCCCGGGAAGUCGCAACCCAAAUCCCCAGAACACGUCUUCGUCGAAGCAGAAGAAGCAGAAGCUCAGGAAACUUCAUCGCUGCCGACACAUUACGCCACGCCGUACGCCGACGAGAGCAAGACUCCUCUGCUCUCUUCGGAAGCUUCCUCGCCCGAGAGAGAUUUGGGAAAAUCCGACCGGAAAGUCCAGUCUCCAUCGCUGUCCCCCAUGUCGUGGUCGCCGGAGCGAGGGUCGGAGAGAGCUCCGGACAUCUCGUUGAGAAUGUGGACCGUCACGGAAGAGGUCGGACGCUCGUCGUCGCCGUCUCUGCAUUCUUCUCCGCUGAUUAGAAGCCUGGAGAGAAGUCCGGUCGCCUCGCCGAGGCUGUCCGACGCCUCGCCCCGCAUCGGGCGGUCUCGGCUGUCCUCUCCUCUGUCGCAGUCGCCGGCCAGAGAAUCCGAGGAAAACCGAGACGCCUCCCUGAGGAAAUCGGAUGUUUCGGCAGGAAGCUCGCGGUUUUCUCUUCACUCGAGCCCCGGCUCGCCGAGUGGAAGAUCCGAGCGAUUCGAGCACGGAUCGUCGCCGAGAUCGUCCAAUGCUUCGGUCGGCAAUCUGCAUUCUCAACCGGCUUCUCCUGUAAUUGCGUCUCCGAAGAAAGAUUCGAGUGCUAAUGAUCAGUUUGUGCAGUCUCCUGCGAGAGUUAGCACUACCUCGCAGCCGCAGCAGCAGCAGCCUCCAGUUCCAGCAGCGGUGCCGCCGCCACCGCCGCCGCCGCCGCCACCUCCGCCACCGCCACCGCUUCCGCCACUACAACAGAAGGUCAAGGACGUUCCGCUUCCUUGGACACCGACCGGUCAACCGAUUUCGGAGCCGCCUCGCCUGAUUCCACCGUCGAGGCCUUUCGUGCUCCAGAACCCGACCGAAGUUUCUCCAGUUCAGUUGCCACCGAGCGUCGAGACUGCGGAGAAGGCGGAGAAGAUGGAGGAUACUCCGAAACCGAAGUUGAAGCCCCUGCAUUGGGAUAAAGUGAGAGCGAGCUCGGAUCGGGAGAUGGUCUGGGAUCAGUUGAGAUCAAGCUCUUUCAAGUUGAACGAGGAGAUGAUUGAGACCUUGUUUAUUGUAAAUACCCCGGGUUCGAAAACGAAGGAGACAACUCCGCGCUCGGUUCUUCCUUCUCCGCACCCGGAGGACAGAGUUCUUGAUCCUAAAAAGUCGCAAAACAUCGCGAUUUCGCUGAGGGCGCUCAACGUCACCAUAGAGGAGGUCUGCGAGGGCCUUUUAGAAGGUAAUGCGGACACACUUGGAGCGGAACUUCUUGAAAGUUUAUUAAAGAUGGCUCCCACCAAAGAAGAAGAACGCAAACUGAAGGAAUACAAAGAUGAUUCACCUGUCAAGCUUGGUCCUGCUGAGAAGUUUCUUAAGGCUGUGCUUGAUGUGCCGCUUGCAUUUAAGAGAGUUGAUGCAAUGCUUUAUGUUGCCAAUUUUGAGUCUGAAGUUGAAUACCUUAAAAGAUCUUUCGAAACUCUAGAGACUGCAUGUGAGGAGCUCAGGAACAGCAGAAUGUUUUUGAAGUUAUUGGAAGCAGUCCUCAAAACCGGGAACCGCAUGAAUGUGGGAACAAAUCGCGGGGAUGCCCAUGCUUUCAAGCUUGACACGCUUCUGAAGCUAGUUGAUGUCAAGGGCGCUGAUGGAAAAACCACGCUCCUGCACUUUGUCGUACAGGAAAUCAUUAGAACUGAAGGCGCUCGCCUUUCAGGGACCCAGCAAGGUUCGAAUCCCACUUUGAAUGAAGAUGCCAAGUGUCGCAAGCUUGGCCUGCAAGUUGUUUCUGGCCUCAGUUCAGACCUUGGCAAUGUGAAGAAAGCUGCUGCCAUGGACUCCGAUGUACUGAGCAGUGAUGUCAACAAACUAUCUAGGGGUAUAGAGAACAUUAGAGAAAUUGUGCGAUUAAUAGAAACAACAGGAUCAGGGGAAAGCAGCAAGAAGUUUUCGGAGACUAUGAACAAGUUCGCUAAAAUGGCUGAGGAAGAGAUCAUACGAAUUCAGGCCCAGGAAAGUGUUGCCAUGUCUCUAGUAAAAGAGAUCACAGAGUACUUCCACGGAGAUUCAGCUAAGGAAGAAGCUCACCCAUUCAGAAUCUUCAUGGUGGUGAGAGACUUUCUUGCUGUCCUCGACCGGGUAUGCAGAGAAGCUGGUUCCAUAAAUGAGCGAACGGUAGUUAGUUCUGCCCAUAGACUUCCCGUGCCAAUUAACCCGAUGCUACCAAUGCCCAUUAAUCCGACUCUUCCACAAGUUUUUCCGGCAUUUAAUGGCCGGCGGCAGCACAGUUUCUCAGAUGAUGAAAGCGCAUCUCCUUAGGUUCUCUCUGAUAUGCAAUGCUCAUCGCUCUUCCGGGCAUCAAGCUAAAGCAGAUAAACCUUAAAAUCUUGGAAGGGUGGAGCUGGGACAGGCUCAGGCUACCCGGUAUGUGUAAUUUACUUUCCUCUUGUAGCAUUCCAUUUGUACCUGUAUAAAGUCCAUGUAAUAGAUUUAAAUGGUUUUGGCCUAUAGAUAUAAUAUACAAAGGAGGAAGUUUUCUUCGGGGACAAUAAGGUAGUCACUAUGUUUAGCUGAAUGUUUUCGUAGGUGGUCAAAAGUUUUGUUUAGAGCAAGGCUCAGAUGGGAAACAUCCAAAGCUCAUGUCUGUAUAUCUGUCUUCUUGUAGAAAGUGGUCAUGUAUAUGCCAGAAAACAGUUUGAAAUUCCGUUUGCUCGAA